AUGUUUACACCGAUCGGAUUUCUAAAAGUCCUUCGCCCCUUAUCUCCUCGUCUUCGAGGAAGGGUCUUUUCCCUUCUCAUUUUUUUUGGUGUUCUUGGCUUCGCUUCUCUAUUACUACAAUCUUUUGGUCUAAAUUUUGAGAUCUUAUUGUGGCGCUUAUACCAACGAAUUCUUGUUCACUUGGUUGUUAGUCGGUUCGGGUGGUAUUCCGGAGGUUUCCUACUUACAAUGGUUUUUGUGGGUCUUGAUCUGGAAAAUCAGAUGAUGAUGGCUCCUUCGGGGGCCUCUGGCUCAGGAUCAGGUGAGAGCGCUGGAGGAAGGGGCUUCAGGUGGACUGAUUUAUUUGGAAGCAGUUCCCCUGGUAAUUCCGAAGCCAGUCUCAACCAACCGGCCCCGGACUCUCCCAACCCUGGUGAACCCGCAGCGCCUAUUGCUGAGGUUUAUCAUCCGUUACAGGAGGACGGACAGAGGCGUCGGGAGCUCAGUGAUCGUCUUAGCAUAAAUACUGUUAAGCGUCCCUUGCCCGAAGAUAUUUCUGAGGCAAUAAUUGAGACCCAAUUACAAACUGAGCUUAAGAUAGAGGAAGCCCUUCGUUCGGACAGGGUUCAAGAAGGUUCCAUUUUAGAGAAAAGGCACCAGAUUAGGGGGGUGCUCUUCUAUCCUUUUGGUAGGGCAUUCUCAUUGGAUACGUACUUGGACCACCUUAAGCAAAUAGAGAACCAGGGGACCCACCGGAGCCUGCUUUAUAAAAGACUUAUGAAUGAAAUCUCUCAGGAGAAAUUAGAACUGGUCUUUGAUGGAAUAAAAAAAAGGAGAGACUGGUAG